UUUUACGUACUUCUUUCAAUGAAAGAUAAACAAUUUAAAUUUUAAAUUUUGAAAGUCAAACGUACCUACACUUUGGUAAAAAUGACUGAAGAAUUUCUGAAAUGYAAACUAGGCUUUUUAGGYAACACCGAAGGCUCAGCAUAUUUAUCUCAAGGUAAAAGUACUGUUUGCGUGUCUGUCGUUGGGCCAUUUGAACCCAAAGCUAGUAAAUGCAUGUACGAUCGUGCCACUGUUGAUGUGACUUUUAGACGGAAAACUGGAAGCAUAACCGUCCAUGACAAAAUGUUGGAAGGUAUAAUGCAAUCAACAUGUGAAAAAGCCCUAAUUGUCGAACAAUACCCUAGGACAACAAUUGUUGUAACAGUCCAAGAGAUGCAGGACAGAGGAAAUUUAUUGUCCACCUGCUUGAACGCUUCUUGUAUGGCACUGAUGAAUUCUGGUAUUGCUAUGCAUCAUUUGUUUGCAGCAGUGAGUUGCGCUGUCACAGAGAAAGAAGAAAUUAUUAUCAAUCCAGACGAAUCACAAAUAAAUUCUUCUGUCUCAUAUUUUACACUAGUGUUUGCAAAUGCUGAGACAAGGUGUCUGUUAACGUCACAUACCAUUGGAGAAUUCUCACAGAAAACGUAUAUGGAUUGUAUGGACAAAUGUUAUGCAGCUAGUAAAGAGGUUUUUAAUUUCUACAAAAAUGUUAUAAAAAACAGUUAUAUUUUCAAUUGAAAGRCUGAUAUUUUACCACUUGGAUUUUGUCAUAUUGAAUAUUGAUUAUGUAAAACAAAAAAAAAAACCUAUUGUUGAUAUCUUUAAGAUUGCGUAAGAAAUAAAUGUUCAUGCCAUGAUAAACCA